CGGUCAAUGUUAACUGAGCAUGCGCAUGAUAAAGGCCGCUAAAAUUAACGAGUGAGGUAGUUAUCAAAUACAUAUAUAAAUUUAUUUAACUAGGUGAGUGUGGUGUGAGUUUUAGUCACAUACACCACCACGCUUGAAUGCUUUUAAAUAAUAUAUUUUAGUAAAAGUCCUCCGUAGUGGUUGGUAAUUAUCGUUGACUAGUCUCGCUGCACUACAGGCGGCGCGGCCUACUCAUCCUCGGUGUGCAUUUGAGCGCUUGGCCGAUCAGAGCGUCAUAACGCUGCAGGACACCGCACCGUGGUUCUGCCAUAGGACUCUUCCUGAUCAGAGUAAUAGACAAUGAAAUACUCGUUCCUUUGCUUGGUCACUAAAGCUAAUAAAUAAUCAUUGUGUUUGCAUUUUGAACGGAACUGGCUAGCUAGUUAGCUUCUGGACCACUCUCUCAUUCUCCCUGUGCUGUUUGCUUUUGUACGUCGAAUAAUUUGAACGAUGGAAGCUCCUCCGGUCACUGUCAUGCCUGUUACAGGGGGCACACUUAAUAUGAUGGAGUACCUGUUACAAGGUAGUGUACUGGACCAGUCCUUGGACAGCCUACUCCAUCGGCUUAGAGGUUUAUGUGACAACAUUGAGCCAGAAAGCUUCGCAGAUCAUGAGCUUGUUUACCUUCUGAAAGGUCAACAGGGAAAUCCAUUCAUCCUGCGAGCCAGACGGUCACUUGCUCAUCCUACUGCUCCCUGGCACCUACGAUACCUUGGGCAGCCUGAGGUGGGUGACAAGAGUCGUCAUGCCUUGGUACGGAACUGUGUGGAUGUUGCAGCCUCCCAUAGUUUGCCUGACUUCCUCAAUGAGAUGGGCUUCCGAAUGGAUCACGAGUUUGUUGCCAAAGGGCACAUUUUCCGCAAAGGUGUCCUCAAGGUGGUUGUGAGCAAACUGUCUCGAGUGCUUGUUCCAGGCAACACAGACAACACUGAACCUCUGUCUCUGUCCUACCUAGUGGAACUCAGUGUACUGGCACCAGCUGGACAGGACACUGUAUCUGAGGACAUGCGUAGCUUUGCAGAACAGCUUAAGCCACUGGUUCACUUGGAGAAAAUCGAUCCCAAAAGGCUCAUGUAGGUGCCAGAAGUCAUCUUGACUCAACUUGAAGUGGCAGCUUUGAGUUAUUUGGAAGAAACUGACAUCACCCCCAAAACAUCAUGUCUUGUAAUAGAUUGUAACAUGUCUAAUUUGAAGCUGAAUUAUUUAUCCAUGACAACAAGACUUUUUCUCAACAAUUUGCUUUCUAUGGCUGAAAGAUAUGCAGCUUUGGGUAUGAAGAUUGUGUAAAUGUUAUUUUCAAAAUAAAAACAUGCCUCAUUCAACAUU